CAACCCCCACCACCACCACUUCAACCUCCACCACCACCACCACCACCAACUCCACUCUUUCCUCCAUCACCUCCUCCACCACCUCCUAUACCACCACAUUCUCCACCACUUCCCCCACCACAUCCUCUACCACUUCCACCACCAUUCCCUCCAACACCUCCUCUUCCUCCACCACCACUUCCUCCACCACAAUUUUUACCUCCUCCACCUCCUCCACCACAAUUUCCUCCUCCACCUCCUUCACCUCCACCACCACCACCACCUCCACCUCCUUCACCACCACCACUUCCCCCACCACCAUCUCCUCCACCACUACUUCCUCCACCUCCACCACUUCCUCCUCCACCUCCUCCACCACCUCCAUCCCCUCCUCCACCACCACAUACUCCACCACCUCCUCCACCUCCACCACCACUUCCUCCACCACAUCCUCCUCCACCACCAAUUCCUCUACCACCACCACUUCGUCCACCACAACCACCACCUCCUCCUCCACCACAUACACCUCCACCACCACCCCCACCUCCUCCUCCUCCACCACCUCCACCACCACUUCCUUCACCUCCUCCUCCACCACCUCCUCCACCUCCACCACCUCCAACACCACUUCCUCCACCACCACUUCCUACACCACCACCACUUCCUUCACCACUUCCUCCACCACCUCCUCCUCCUCCACCUCCACCACCACUUCCUCCACCACCACCCCCACCACCUCAUCCACCUCCACCACCACUUCCUCCACCUCCACCACUUCCUCUAACACAACUACUUCCUCCACCAUCCCCUCCUCCACCACCACAUACUCCACCACCUCCUCCACCUCCACCACCACUUCCUCUAACACCACUACUUCCUCCACCACCUCCUCCUCCACCACCAAUUCCUCUACCACCACCACUUCAUCCACCACAACCACCACCUCCUCCUCCACCACAUACACCUCCACCACCACCCCCACCUCCUCCUCCUCCACCACCACCACUUCCUUCACCACCUCCUCCACCACCUCCUCCUCCUCCACCACCACUUCCUCCACCACCAUCUCCUCCGUCACCACUUUCUCCACCACCACCUCCUCCACCACCUUCUCAACCACUACCUUCCUCACCACUUCCUCCACCACCACUUCCCCCUAAACCAUUUCCACCACCACAUCCACCACCUCCACCUCCACCACCUCCACCACCAAUUCCUUUAACACCACCACUUCCUCCACCACCACUUACUCCACCACCAUCUCCUUCGACACCACUUUCUCCACCACCAUUGCCUCCACCACCUUCUCAACCACCACCUUCCCCACCACCUCCACCACCACCACUUCCUUCACCUCCUCCUCCACCACUUCCUACUCCACCCCCACCACCCCUUCCAACACCACUUCCUCCACCACCACCUCAUCCACCUCCACCACCACUUCCUCUAACACAACUACUUCCUCCACCAUCCCCUCCUCCACCACCACAUCCUCCACCACCUCCUCCACCUCCACCACCACUUCCUCCACCUCCUCCACCACCACCACCUCCUCCACCUCCACCACCACUUCCUCCACCUCCACCACUUCCUCCACCACCACCACCUCCUCCAACUCCACCACCUCCUCCAACACCACUACUUCCUCCACCAUCCCCUCCUCCACCACAUCCUCCACCACUUCCUCCACCUCCACCACUUCCUCCACCACCACCACCUCCUCCAACUCCACUACUUCCUCCACCAUCCCCUCCUCCACCACCUCCUCCUCCACCUCCA